CGGACGGGGCGCACGGAGGCGGCAGCGCGGCGUCCCCGUGCCCAUGGCGGCCGCGGGCCGGGCCGUGGCGGCGGGCGGGGCGUAGCGCGGUGUAACGUGGUGUAACGUGGACCGGCGCCGCCGCCCGGCUCCGCACCACGGCGGGCGAGGCCCGGGCAUGCGGCGGCGGCGGCGGGAGCCUUCGGGGGGCGGGCGGCGCUGCCCCGGCGCGGGCGGGCUCUGACCCGGCGCCAUGUGGGGCGGGCGCUGCUCGCUGCUGCUGGCCGCGCUGGGCUGGCUGCUGCCGGCGGGAGCGGCGGGGAGCGGCGAGUACUGCCACGGCUGGAUGGACGGGCAGGGCGGCUGGCGGGACGGCUUCCAGUGCCCGGAGCGCUUCGACGGCGGCGACGCCACCAUCUGCUGCGGCAGCUGCGCGCUGCGGUACUGCUGCUCCAGCGCCGAGGCGCGGCUCGACCAGGGCGGCUGCGACAACGACCGGCGGCAGAGCGGCGGGGAGCAGGGCCGGCCCCGCGACGGCACCGACGGGGCGGCAGUGCCCAUCUACGUGCCGUUCCUCAUUGUCGGCUCCGUCUUUGUCGCCUUCAUCAUCGUGGGUUCACUGGUGGCCGCCUGCUGCUGUCGCUGCCUGCGGCCCAAGCAGGAGCCUCAGCAGAGCCACGCUCCCGCCGGCGCCCGCCUGAUGGAGACCAUCCCCAUGAUCGCCAGCACAGGCGCGUCACGCGGCUCAUCCUCACGCCAGUCCAGCACUGCUGCCAGCUCCAGCUCCAGCGCCAAUUCGGGGGCCCGCGCCCCUCCGACCCGCUCACAGACCAACUGCUGCCUCCCCGAGGGCACCAUGAACAAUGUCUACGUCAACAUGCCCACCAACUUCUCGGUGCUCAACUGCCAGCAGGCCACCCAAAUCGUGCCGCACCAGGGCCAGUUCCUGCACCCGCCCUACGUGGGCUAUGCUGUCCCACACGACGCGGUGCCGCUCGCCCCUGUGCCCCAGUUCCUGGAUGGGCUGCAGGGUGGCUACCGGCAGAUCCAGUCCCCGUACCCACAUGCUGGUGGAGAGCAGAAGAUGUACCCGGCGGUCACCGUGUAGCUGCCUGCUGCGGUGUGUUUUCAGUUUCUGAACUGAGCAGAGGAGAAAUACUUCUUUGGAACGCGGCUCCCUGAACAGCGCUUGUAAAUAAUUUGGGAAGGCUCAUGCAUGUCAGACAGAGUUUAUAAACCAUUUAUUCUCAUCGAGGUCCGCUGCCAGAAACUGUAGGAUGAUACCGCUGCAUUAACGUUUCCAGAUACGCUUUCAUUCCCGUGCAUGAUUUACAGUGGCAAAGGAUUAUGCUGGAAAUGCAUAUGCAUUUCGGAUCACUGUGCUUGUGAGAUAAUGCCGCUGCCAUUAAGUGCCCUUCAGGUGUGACAUGGUCAGAAGUCUUUGCCUAAUUAGUUCGUGGAAGAGCUUUGUUACACAGAACGAGAGCGCAGUGCUCACAAAGCCUUUUUCCUCUCCUCAUCCCAUCUCCUAGUGACAUUUCCCACUGUGACAGAGCUGGACAGGGCAGCCGUCGUGUGCUUGGUUCCUGGUUCUGGCUCCUGUGACGUUGUGGGGUGUACUGCCAUGUGGUGCUCAGUUCUGCGAGAGCAGCUUCCCUUCCUGGUAUUUAUGUAGGAAUCACAUUAUGUAGGAGUGCACCAAUUGCUCAUCCCUUUCUUCUGGUGCACUUGAAACCCUUUGUGGUUUGAUUUUGCCUCUAGGCUGAGAACCAGUAGUGGUUGGCACAAGCUUGCUUUCUUUCUGCGAACUUCUGCUCCGAGCAGGGUGUGAGCUGCCUGCUCCUCCUGCCACCAGCAGCGCUUGCAGGACACUGGCUGCCCUUGGAGCUGAUUUCAAGCCGCAGCUUCCAUCCACCUCUGUCAGCAUCACCCCCCAAACACCGACCCAUCAGGCUGGUGACAAAGCUCGCCCUGUGGCUGCGGGCCCUUCCAGCAGCAGCAUCCCCAGCAGUGGCACCAAGUGCUGCAGCUGUGUGGGAUGGGCAAAACCUGGAGCGAGCUGUCGUGACAAGCGGAGCAGAGCCAGCAGAGGAUUCCUUGUCUGAUACUGCAUCAGUACGUAGCAAUAACCAGACGCUGCUAUUUCUGUACGUCUCUCUUCAAACCAUGUGGAUGCGUGGAAGCAUCACCAAGUGUGACAAUCUGCCUGUAAACGUGCUGCACACACACACAGUCAUCUGCAGAAGGGAUAAACAAAACGGUUGUGACCACGGAGGACAAAGGUGAAUGGGUGACUUGGAUCAGCUCUGCUCUCACUGGCCGGGCUCUCCCCAGGCACUGAGCUCCUACAAGCGCGGUACUGACCCCCACUGUGCUGAGACCGAUGGCCUCCUGGGGUGGUUGGCUUCCCCUGCCAGGGCGCCUGCUGAGACCCCUGGCAUUCAGGUGACUCUUUGUAUAUUGUUUACUUCUUUAAAAAAAAGAAAAUGAAAAACAAAAAAAAGAAUAAGUUAAAUUUAAAUCUGUAGAAAAUAAUUUACAGCAGAAGGAAAAGAGACCCGAGUUGUAAUAAGAGGAAGUUUGUGAGAUGUGCUGGUUUGUUUUUUUUUUUAAUGUCAUGUAUAAUAAUGUAAAACCAAUGUUAACGUUUGAUACAGCUUUUAAAUCUCUGGCAGGGCACUUGGUUUGAAGUGCUUCUUACAAAUGAAGAAAAAAAAAAGCCCCCUUUGUUUCUUAAUAAAUACUUUAUGGUGUGACUUUUC